UAAAAUGUCAAAUCGUAUAAUUUCGAUAUUCGUUUACUUUUUUUAUGGAUAGAUGGCAGUUUUGAUGUUUCAAGAAUAUUUAAUAUUUUAUAUGCGUUCAAUAAUGUUUACUAGUAUUAUUAAAUAAAAUCGAAUGUUUGGACUUACAAAGAAAAGUUGAAGGAGGUGAUAAAAUCGAUAAAAGAUUUGUUAAAAUAUUUAAAAUGGCAACAAUAAAAUUAAAUCCAUCAAAUUCACCUUCUGUUGAAUUAAGUUCGUAUCGCGAUCAACAUUUUAAGGGUUCAAGAGCUGAACAAGACAGAUUAUUAAGAAAUUCUACAACUUUAUAUGUUGGAAAUUUAUCAUUUUAUACUACAGAAGAACAAAUAUAUGAAUUAUUUUCAAAGUGCGGUGAUAUUAGAAGAAUUAUUAUGGGACUAGACAAAUAUAAAAAAACACCAUGUGGUUUUUGUUUUGUUGAAUAUUAUCAAAGAGUUGAUGCAGAAAAUUGUAUGAGAUAUAUUAAUGGAACACGUUUAGAUGAUAGAAUAAUUAGAACUGAUUGGGAUGCUGGUUUUAUUGAAGGCAGACAAUAUGGAAGAGGAAAAACUGGAGGACAAGUAAGAGAUGAAUAUAGAUCAGAUUUUGAUAGUGGGAGAGGAGGUUAUGGUAAAAUAAUACAACAAAAAGUAACUCCUCUUUCGGAUGGAACUUUUGGACGUUAAAAUUUUAUGAAUGUGACUAUUUCUCAACAUAAAAUUUUUUAUGUAUAAGAGAAUUAUAAUAGUGUCUAAUUGCAUUUAAUGAUAAAUAAUAUGAUAUUUAAAAUAAAUAAUUGUAACAGCUGUACAUAGUAAAUAAGGAUAAAUAUCAAAUAUAAGUAAAAAUUAUUUAUAAA